GCCAGGCGGCGGGUGCACGACGACGGCCCCAGCACCGCGAGCAGACGACGGAGUGCGCGCUGCCGUGGAUGGUGGUGAGAGAUGCCGGGGCAGAUAAAGGGGCGGAACCUUCACACUCGCCGCUGAUGAGCUGAUGUGAGGAGCACAGGUAGUCCACAAGUUGACAACAUUUGUGGGGAGGAACAGAUGUUAGGACAUCAGUGUCUCGCAACAUCUACAUCACAACUGUUCUCUCCUCCCGCGGCUGCGGACUGAUGUUGACAAACACUUGACUGACACACGGACUGUGAUGGUCGUCUGACUGGUGCCAACAUUCUCAGGUAAACCAAUAGAGCUGAGGAGGGAUUAGUCCAAGUGAGUGACAUAAUUCUCACCACAGGGGAUUAUUUACAGAGAACCUAACCGUGAAAAACAUCCGCCGGCCCCUCACUGGACCUUGGCACUCACUGGGAGGACAAAUAAAAUGUUGUGGUGUCUCGAUGUGACAGCCGUGUGAUUGUCGCUCGUGUGAUGAAUAUUUCCCAGCUACCAGCUGUGAGCAAUUGUUUGUGAGCAAGAGCCGCCAGACAUCGAACAUCCAAGAAUUUAGGAGAAACCCACUUUGGCAGUUUGUGAAAGGAGGAAGAGCCGACAGGCCACCGUACAUCACUCGUUCACAUUGUGUUCACUGUUUGUGUGCGGGGAGGAGGCGACCCCCUGGUACCCUGGGUUCAAUGACAUCGUGAAGUGAGGGGCUGAUACAUCGUAUGUAGGGUGGUAGGGGGGUGGAGCACAUCCACCCAGUCGUCAAUGCAGUGACAGCUUCUUCAUCUUCCCACAAUCGUUGGGGCGGCGGUGAUGUUCUCGUCGGGCGGAGGUGAGCUGAUCAAAUGUUGCUGCGCUCCUCUCUUCCAGUGAACAGGGACCGGGGGUGUGCCAGGACUGCCCUCCCCACGGUGUCCCUCGCACCAUCCUCCCCUCACACUUGGCAAACUGGCUUCUUGUAGUUUUUAUUCUUUCCCGAGAAGUCAGCCCGAGGUAUGACAAGCUCACUCGCGACGCGGGGAUAUCAAGAAAAAAAAAAAAGGAAAAAAGAAUAAAGAUCCAGCGAUGUCUUAUUGAAUGUUUCCUGUCAUCAGACAGUUCGGAGCCUGGCGUCCAUACCAGAGCUGCCUCUUCUCCUCAUUCUAGCAACUUCCACUAAAGUGCAGAUUUCGGUUGGGGAAACCGUUGUAAAGCUGUAAGAAAAGUGUAGACGUUGACAUGAAGUGUCGUUGUGUGUUGACUACAGUGGUGAGGGACGGCAGGUGACUGAGCCUGUGACACACCAUCCACACCAUCAGAAUAAAUACUUUCAGCCCAUCAGUUCAUGUCGGAUUUGAGGAGGGUGAUCAAGAAAGCUUAUCGACAGACUUUUUCCCCCGAGGGAGGCACACCCAUGUUUUGCCCGCUGAGCCACGUGCGCGGGUUGUGACGGAGGUUGUCGCCAACCUGCUGAGCGACACUUUAUUGAAGGACAGGUGUGAAGGCAGAGACAAUGGGACUGAGUGAACUGAGCAAAACACAGUACAGCGACUAGUCAGUAGGAGACAGGAGUGAGCGCAGUUCAUUGCUGAACGUUCACUCGCGUGCACAAAGGUCAAAGGCUGCGAAGUGCAUCCACCUCUGGGUAUCGCUACCUACCCGUCUGGAUCGACAAGCAUGUUGCGGGUAGGACCUCGUACCUUUGCGCUGCUGCUGCACAUUGCAACCCUCCAUCCUACAAUGCAAGGUGACUCUAAUUUGUGGUCCAACUGGUGGAGCUACUAUGGUAUAUCCGGACCGGACUACUGGGGCCGAGUGAACCACGAGUGGACUCUGUGCAGCAAGGGUCUGUACCAGUCGCCAGUGGACAUCAGUCCGCGGACUCUGGUCUAUGAUCCCAACCUGCGGCCUGUCAGGCUUGACCAGCACCGCGUAGACGGUCACCUGAUCAACACCGGAAAUGACAUCACCUACCAGGUGGACCCCGACUUUAACCCUCCGUUUCUGAUCUCGGGCGGCCCCCUGUCCUACACGUACCGAGUUCACUACAUCAAGCUGCACUUCGGGCGCGUGGACCAGAUCGGGUCUGAGCACACAGUCAGCGGCAAACCCUUUCCUCUGGAGCUUCAGUUCCUGGCCUUUAACAAGGAUCUGUACAGCAACUACAGUCACGCCUCCAAAUCGCCACACGGUGUCGCUGCAGUCGCUGUAUUCGGAAUGAUCGCAGAGGCGGGCAACAAAGAGUUCAGCAUGUUUAUAGAAGCCUCCUCACAAAUACGAUAUAAAGGACACAACCUGUCGCUGUCAGGCCUGUCCAUCCGGAGCCUCUUCCCAGCACCGCGGACUACAUGACGUAUGAAGGCUCGCUCACGCAGCCCAGCUGUCACGAGACAGUCACGUGGAUCGUCUUCAACAAACCUGUUUACGUCACCAAGCACGAGCUGAGAAUAUUACGCCAGCUCCAUGAAGCCCCAGACGGUAGUCGAACAGAAAUGCUGAUGGAGGACAACUUCCGGCCCACCAUGGCUCUCAACCGAAGAACUAUUCGGACCAACAUAGCGCCUAAAGAACCA